UCCUAUUCAUAAAUAUCUACUUUGUAAUUACAAUUUUGAAUUGCAUUGUUGUCAAUUAUUUAAUAAUCGAAUAUAUGAAUAUAAAUUGUAUUCAAUUAAAUUUAUGAAUGUAACAUAUAUUGUUUAUUUUGGACAAAAUAUCUUCAUGCUGUAUAAAGAAAAAUGUCUAGGAGACUAACGUUUCUUCUUGCUGUGAUGGUGGUAUUAAUUUACUUUUCGUUAAUUGUGUUUAUGUUACGUCCCUUGCAAGGAGCUAAAAGUUAUUACGGAAAUAAUUUAAUAAAUCACCUCGGUUUACGAGAAACACCCAGGGUGAAUUGGUGUAAACAGCUGCAUCGGCGUUCUCCACCGUCUCCAAAUGUGGUAGCUCUUGUGUCAUACCCUGGUAGUGGAAAUACUUGGUUAAGAUACCUACUGCAACAGGUUACAGGAAUUGUAACAGGUUCUGUAUAUAUGGAUUAUGGUCUUCGAAUGCAUGGUUUUCCAGCUGAGAAUGUGACUGAUGGAUCAGUAUUAGUUGUCAAAACUCAUGAAGCUCCACCUAUCGAAGUAGACAAAUUUAAAUCUGCUAUACUCCUCAUCAGGAACCCCAGAGAUGCUAUCUUGGCAGAUUUUAAUAGGCUACACAAGGGUCAUAUAGGAACAGCUCCAAAGUCGGCAUUUAAAAAAUCGAAUAAAUACAAAAAUUCAGAUUGGUCGACAUAUGUAUUUAACCAGCUGUCAACUUGGGAGACUCUCCAUCGACUGUGGCUUAAGAGGUUCUUGGGACCGGUACAUAUUGUGUUCUACGAGAUCCUUGUCAGGGAUACCAGGAGGACAUUACAAGAGAUUUUGAAUUUUCUCAAUCAUACAGUAACUGAGGAUGACAUGAAUUGUGCGGUGGCUAAUCGGGAAGGAAUUUACAGACGAAAAAAGAAAUAUCACGACUUUGAACCGUUUUCACCGGAAAUGUAUUCUGCAAUAAAUAAAGUUCGAUAUAGAGUAUUGCGUUUGGUAUCCGAUUUUAGGAAAAAGCAAAACUAUACUGGCCUAUACCACAGAUAAAAUUGCUAUUAAUGACAAUAGAUAAUUGUACAGAGUUAUAUUUUUUAAAAAGGAAUUUAGGUAAUGAUAAUGUUACUCAAUAUUACUAAAUGUUAUAUUUUUUAAUAUGUUAUUUAUUUAAAUCAAUUUUACUAUGUAAAUCAUCGAAUUUGUAUUGAUAUAAUGCUUAUUGUAGAUAUUUUCAACAUUUUCAUAUUUUUUUUUCUGUGUUAUA